UUCAUAAAGGAUCACUGCCCUGCAGAGAUUGGAGCAAGCCAGCGGUGAAUGUUCACGUUACAAAUGAAACCAAUUAGUUCAGCUCAGGCUGCGUUGGGAUAGAGUCUGUGAUGAGACACUGCUGCUGACAGAGGGAGGAGACAUCCCAGAGUUUCUGCACAGAGCACAAUACAAUAUCAGACCAGACAAGACAACAAGCACUGGGUCUUCAGAACAGUUUGUAUUUAGUUUUCUUUUUUUUCAAAUCUCUUUGGACACAGAGUAAAGGGCUUUUCCAAAAUUUAAUUUUUAGUUAACAUUUAAUUUUAAUGUUGGGACCCAUUACUUCAGUUUUCACUUAAAAUGCAACACAAGUGACUUGCAAAGAGAUUCAUGUGACUCGUGAUUUCAGCCGCUGAUCAUUGUGCAUCCUGGGAAACUGGAAAAGUGUGACAUCAAAACAGUUUUAUCGCAGGCGUCCGGUUCAUCAAACAGAUGGAGAAGAUACAGACGAUAAGUCUGAUCGUUUUCCUGACGGUCUGCGUGGACGCUCAGAAGCGUCCGCCGUCCUCAGACAGCGGAGGAGGGCGCUGCUCCUACACCUUCGUGGUUCCGCAGCAGAGAGUCACGGGGGCGCUGUGCUUGGACACGCGCUCCGCCGCCACCAACUCCUCAGAGGUGGCGGCGCUGAGGGCGGAGCUCAGGCGGCAGCAGGAGCGGCUGGAGGAGCUGCAGGCCCAGCUGGAGCAGGGGGGCGCCGUCGCCGCGGAGAUGCGGGCCCUGCGCCAAGAGAGCGACGGCAUGAACGCUCGCAUCGCCCAGCUCUACGCUCAGCUGCUGCACGAAGUCAUCCACAGGAAGGACCAGGCUCUGGAGCAGCGUCGGGUGGAGAACCUCCUGCUCAACGCCACGACACAGGUGCUGCAGGUGUCCAGUAAUUACAGGGAGCUGGAGAAGAAAUACGGGGCCCUCACCUCCAUCCUGAGCUCUCAGAACCAGUUUAUUGCACGUUUGGAGAAGCAAUGCGAGUGCAGGGACUCUGCUCCUCUGUCAUCACUGGUGACGAGCGACCCGCCGAAGCCCCAGCCCAGCGUGCAUCCUAAUUACAGCUCCGAAGCCAGGGAAACGGGCAACGACGUUCAAAGGGACCAAAGUGCCUCGCCGUCACAGCAGGGGAGGACGAGGGGAGUCCAUUCCCUUCCCACCGCUGCAGCCAGCGGCCCCACGGACCCUCCUUUCAUUAGCUCCCCCGUCACAAAGGCUCCAGGGCCGUGGCGGGACUGUCAGCAUGCGCUGGAGUCGGGGGAGACCUCCAGUGGGAUCUACCUGCUCCACCUGCAGGCCGCCAACCGCCUCCUGCAGGCGUGGUGCGAGCAGAGCCGGGCCCACGGAGGCUGGACGGUCAUCCAGAGGAGACAGGACGGCUCGGUUAACUUCUUCAGGACGUGGGAGCAGUAUAAGCAAGGCUUCGGGAACCUGGAUGGAGAGUACUGGCUGGGAUUGGAGCACCUCUACUGGCUGACCAAGCAGGCCCGCUACAAGCUGCGCGUGGCGCUGGAGGACUGGCAGGGCCGCGAGGCCUUCGCCGAGUACGACAGCUUCCGCCUGGAGCCGGAGAGCGACUGGUACCGGCUGCGCUUGGGCCAGUACCGCGGGACGGCGGGGGACUCGCUGUCGUGGCACAGUAACAAAGCCUUCACCACGCUGGACCGAGACAAGGACGCCUACUCCGGAAACUGUGCUCAUUACCAGAAAGGAGGCUGGUGGUACCACAUGUGCGCUCACUCCAACCUGAACGGGGUGUGGUACCGGGGCGGGCACUACCGCAGCCGCUACCAGGACGGGGUCUACUGGGCUGAGUUCCACGGGGGGUCCUACUCCCUGAAGCGAGUUUCCAUGAUGAUUAAACCAACAUAGUCACAUGGAGACGGACAAGUGUGAUGGAAACAUUAUGCAUCAGUUCUAUGUGGUUAUACACACAUAGACACAUGGUUGAAUUAUGGACAAGCUGUAAGGAUGUGAUGUGCGACGUAAGCUAUGUGAAACUGAUUAUUGUUCAGUCAAGAAAUGGUUGUUUUUAAGUGUGCGACGUGCUUCAAUAAAAUACAAACAUACAGGAAGUAAGUUGUUGCA